ACUACAAUAUGUCUGAACGCGCUGCUCUGUCCGCUCGUGCAAUCCCAUUCAUGGAGCUCUCGAAUGGCACAGAUGCCUCAUUGACUGCUCCACCACCACCAUUGCCGCAUUAUUUGAAUGCCGAAGGAAGAGCUAUGGCUCGAUUCGCUGUAGAAGGAAAUGCUGAAGAUGAGGGCCACCGUAUCUGGAAAGCCUCAGAAGCAAGGAAGNUCACCGGAGGAGCCGGCACACUCGCCCUAGCAGCCGCAAGAGCACUCCUCGAACACGGACUGGCCAAUCUCUUCCUCUUCGACCUGCGCUCCACCUUCGACAACUCCGACGACGCGAUACAAGCUCUCCACAACGAUUUUCCAUCCGCAAAGAUCAUCAUCGAGCCUGUCGACGUCACAGACGCCGAAAACGUGAAUCGUGCGUUUGCUGCUGCGGCAGCUAGAGGCUCCAUCGAUAUCUUGCUUUGUUUUGCAGGUGUGGUGGGGUGUCUUCAUGCCAUUGAAAUGACGCCAGAGCAAUGGCGUCGCACUAUUGACAUUAACACUACUGGUUCUUUCCUCUGUGCUCAAGCUGCUGCUAAACACAUGCAAAACCAAGGCACGGGUGGCAGUAUAGUGUUCACAGCAUCCAUCAGCGGCCACCGUGUCAAUUUCCCUCAGCCGCAAGUGGCGUAUAACGUUAGCAAAGCUGCUGUCAUCGCGAUGAAAAACUCUUUGGCUGCGGAAUGGGCGAGGUAUGGCAUUAGAGUCAAUUCCAUCAGUCCGGGAUAUAUGGAUACGGUGUUGAAUGAAGGUGCUGGACUAGAGGAGGCGAGGAAUAUCUGGGCGAGUAGGAAUCCGAUGGGUAGGAUGGGUGCGGUGGGGGAGUUGGAUGGGGUGGUGGUGUUGUUGUGUUCAAGGGCGGGGUCUUAUAUCAAUGGUGCUGAUUUUGUGGUUGAUGGUGGUGCGGUUGUCUUU